AUGGGCAGGCAAGGCAAAAAGGGCAAGGGCGUCCAGCCCAGCCAGGAACCUGAUUCUUGCGAGGAUGAUGGGGUCGGCGCGUGGAGAGGGGGCGCAGGAGCCGCGCAGGCUGCACCCGCCGUCGGCCCGCCACCCAAGAAGACCAAGACCGGCGACGCUGCUGUGGAGAAGCCCGCUGCGAAGCCUCCGAAGAAGUUCAAGAGCGCCGACUGCCCUACGUGCAAGAAGCCAGCGACUGAGCGCCAGUUCCACGCCUCGGCCAAGUUGGUCGAUGGCAAGAUUGUGACCGACCAGGGCUGCCUGUCCUGCGAGGAGGUGUUCAUCUGCGCGGGCCUGGCCGACGAGUACGAUGUGGACAAUUUCGCAGAGUUCACGCAACUAUGCUUGUCCAACAAGGCCGCCCAGAGUGCGUUCGUGGGCUGCCUGAAGAUGUACGACCGCAUGUCGCACAACACCGCAGCGGGGAUCCAACUUGGAGAGGUUGGCUUGGCCACAUCUGCUGGGUACCGCGUCAUUGCCUACAAGAGGGGGCUCACGCCAGCUCAGUUCCUGUCCAUCUACAGUAAGCACCCCGGUGAGAUCGGCCUCCGCGUGAACGACCUCAUGGCACCCAACGGGAAGCGCUACAAGGGCAUCUUGAAGGAUGACGAGGGCGAGACUCUGGGCUACAAGUACGAGUUCUACACCGACUCGCACGCGUUCAAGAGCGACCUGCUGUGCCCACGAGAGCGGGUGCUCCACGCGGGUCAGGUGUCCACGAGUUGGAAAAAGAGCCAGAACGCGGAGCUGAAGAAAGGCAUGCUGCAGCUGCUCAAGUGCUGCACGCUCACCGAUCAGAAGAUCCGCGAGAGUUUGGAUGCCUAUGCCCAGGGCACCCCUCCUCCCACCAGCUUGGAGAACUUGGUCGGCCAGGAUGACCACAGCAACGAGGCCGACGAAGUCAUGGAGUCCGAUGUCGAGGAUGCGGAGGACUUGGAC